GCUCGGCCAGGCCGCCGCCAUCUUUACGGGGGAGAAACAAUAGGACGGAAGCGCCGCGGGCCCGGCCGGGGCUCCCCGUAACGCCCGCCUCGCCUCGCCUCUGGCUUCGUCGCCCCGAGAGCUUUGAGGGAGACUUUCUCCGAGCCGCUGUGGGAGCGUCCUGUCGUGUGCGACCAAGGAGCCAAGGCCAGACACGCCGAUACAAACAGACGGAGGACGCUCUGGCCGCUGGGCCCUGCUGCCUCCCCCUUCUUCCUGUUGCUUGCCCCUGGAGGAUGAGCCCAGCCUUCAGGGCCAUGGACGUGGAGCCCCGCGCCAAGGGCGUCCUGCUGGAGCCCUUUAUCCACCAGGUCGGGGGGCACUCUUGUGUGCUCCGCUUCAACGAGACGACUCUGUGCAAGCCCCUGGUCCCGAGGGAGCACCAGUUCUACGAGACUCUCCCCGCUGAGAUGCGCAGAUUCACUCCCCAGUACAAAGGUGUGGUAUCUGUGUGCUUUGAUGAAGAUGAAGACAGGAACUUGUGCUUAAUAGCAUAUCCCUUAAAAGGGGACCAUGGAGCUGUGGACAGUGUAGACAGUUCAGACUGUGAACCAAAAAGUAAGCUCCUAAGAUGGACAAACAAAAAACAUCAUGUCCUGGAAACAGAGAAGACCCCCAAGGACUGGGUGCGGCAGCACUGGAAGGAAGAGAAAAUGAAGAGCCAUAAGUUAGAAGAAGAAUUUGAGUGGCUAAAGAAAUCUGAAGUCUUGUACUACAGUGUAGAGAAAAAGGGGAAUGUCAGUUCCCAGCUUAAAUACUACAACCCCUGGAGCAUGAAGUGUCACCAGCAACAGUUACAGAGAAUGAAGGAGAACGCAAAGCAUCGGAACCAGUACAAAUUUAUCUUACUGGAGAACCUCACUUCCCGAUAUGAGGUACCUUGUGUCCUGGACCUCAAGAUGGGGACACGCCAGCAUGGUGACGAUGCUUCAGAGGAGAAGGCCGCCAACCAGAUCCGAAAAUGCCAGCAAAGCACCUCUGCGGUCAUUGGUGUGCGCCUGUGCGGCAUGCAGGUGUACCAGGCGGGCAGUGGGCAGCUCAUGUUCAUGAACAAGUACCAUGGCCGGAAGCUGUCGGUGCAGGGCUUUAAGGAGGCGCUUUUCCAGUUCUUCCACAACGGGCGGUACCUGCGCCGCGAGCUCCUCGGCCCUGUGCUCAAGAAGCUGGCGGAGCUCAAGGCCGUGCUGGAGCGACAGGAGUCUUACCGCUUCUACUCCAGCUCCCUGCUCAUCAUCUACGACGGCAAGGAGCGGCCGGAGGUGGCCCUGGACUCGGACGCGGAGGACUUGGAGGACCUGUCCGAGGAGUCCGCCGACGAGUCUGCGGGGGCCUACGCCUUCAAGCCCCUCAGCACCAGCUCCGUGGACGUGCGCAUGAUUGACUUUGCACACACCACCUGCAGGCUGUACGGCGAGGACAGCGUCGUACACGAGGGCCAGGAUGCUGGCUACAUCUUCGGGCUCCAGAGCCUGAUAGACAUUGUCACAGAGAUCACUGAGGAGAGUGGGGAGUGAGCUGGCCGACUACCGGUCCCGGACCCUCCGUGUCCCGGGCACAGCUGUGCUGCGUCGGGGAGGAAGCCAGUGUGGCCAGGGGGUGGCCUCUGCAGCCUGGAGCUGACGCACAGAGGCCUCGAGUCCCGCCUGAGCGAGCCCCACCGUGCUCCGAGUCUUUAUUUAUUUUAACUGUUUCUUCAACAUUCCAUGUUUGAUGAGCAGAUACCUCUUUCUUCCCUGAGUGUAAAUGUCCUAAUACAGACCCUUUUGUUAAUUGUACACAGUGCUGCUGUCAUUUUUUUUUAUUGAAUUUAUUGGGGUGACAUUGGUUAAUAAAAUUAUAUAGAUUUCA